AUGGAAAUAGCUAAUCAACCAGAGUCAGAUAUUUACUUGGGACAAAUUGUAAAUAAUGAAGAUGAGGCAUACGCUUUGUACACAAAAUAUGCAUAUCAGUUGGGUUUUUCGAAGAUUCGUACAAAAGAAUAUGUGUGUGCAAAACAAGGGACUAAAUAUUUGGAUGAAGGUACCAGCACUUCAUUUACGAAAAUGAAUGCAAGGACAAAUUGUGAAGCUAUGGUUCGGUUUACUAUUGAAGUGGAUGGGUUAUGGAAAAUAACUAAGUUGAUUACUGAACAUAAUCAUGAACUUGUAAAACAAGAGCAUAGGCACCUUAUGCGUUCUGCUAGGAAUAUUCCUAGUGCUAAAGGUGACCUCAUUAAUUCCAUGGUGACUACUGGAAUCAGAACAAAGGAUGUGUGGAGUUAUUUAGGUGAAGAAACACAUGGAUUUGAUAAUAUUGGAUUUUCCAAAAAAGAUUGUUAUAAUUAUGUCAACAAGCAAAAGUUGAAACUAAUAAAAGCUGGGGAUGGAAAAAGUUUAGUUAAUCUCUUACAAAGUCAUCAAGCUGAAGAUCCAAUGUUUUAUUACAGUGUUCAAUUUGAUGAAGAAUUACAUUUGACAAAUGUUUUCUGGAGGGAUGGGAGAUCAACAAUUGAUUAUGAUUGUUUUGGGGAUGUAGUGGUUUUUGACACAACUUAUCGUACAAAUAAGUAUGAUUUAAUUUGUGGACCUUUUGUUGGAAUAAAUCAUCAUUGGCAAAAUGUAAUGUUUGGUUGUGCCUUUCUGAUGAAUGAAUCAGCAGAGUCCUUUGAAUGGUUGUUUGAUCAAUUUUUAAAAUCUAUGGGAAAUCGACCCCCACAGACUAUUGUCACUGAUCAAGAUGCUGCUAUGGCUAAAGCGAUUGAAAAGAUAUUUCCUAAUACAAGGCAUCGCUUAUGCUUAUGGCAUAUAUCUAAAAAUGCCCCAUCUCAUUUGGGUUCUCUAAAUUGUGAUAGUGAUUUUCAAUCAUAUUUUCAAAAGUGCAUGAGAAUGUGUGACUCAGAAGAAGAAUUUGAAAUCACGUGGGAUGAAAUGAUUAGGAAAUUUGAGCUCAAUGACCAUAAGUGGUUGAAUAGAAUGUAUACAAUUCGGCAUAAAUGGUCAACUGCAUUUGGUAAAGACAUGUUUUCUGCAAAUAUAAAAUCUUCUCAAAGGAGUGAGAGCACUAAUAGUGUUUUGGGAGAAAUAUCUACAAAAAAAACUUCUCUCACAGAGUUCUUCUUAGCUUUUAAAAAGAUGGUAGAAAAAUGGAGAAGCUCUGAGGGUGAAGAGGAUUUUCACAAUAGUCAAUCUAUUCCUUCAUGUGCUAUCAAUAGGAACAGGACUUUAUGCCAUGCAUCAAAGAUUUAUACUAAAAAAAUUUUCAAAUUGUUUGAGAGGGAAUAUUUGGAUGGAGUAGGGACUUUGUUUAAAGAAAUUAAAAGAGAUGGAGACAUCUUCUAUUAUGAGCUGUGGGUGGAUGGAAAAGAGUCAAAGAGGUGGGUUGUGCAAUUUAAUUCCUCAAAUGAGAAUGUUACUUGCAGUUGCAAAAAAUUUGAAUCUAUGGGUAUUCUUUGUGCUCAUGCAUUGAGAGUUUAUAACAUCAAGUGUGUAACAAGGGUGCCAGAUAAAUACUUCUUAAAGCGAUGGUCAAAAAAUGCAAAGUUUUCUGAUUGUGAGCAUAAAGAAAAAUAUGCAACUAGUGAAGAUCCAAAAAUUGUGUAUCGCAAUUCUAUUAUGCGUUCUUUUUAUAACCUUGUGUUGGCCUCACAAGACCACAAGGAAACUCAAGAUAUCAUGUGGGAUGUUAUCAACAAUGGAUCUCAACAAGUUCAAGAACGUCUACGUGAUUUGAAUAAAAGCAACAAUGUGGAAAAGAAUAAAGAAAUCCAUUGCACCAUUCAAGAUGCAUCUCAAGUAGGCCAAAUUCUUGAUCCCCCAAAAGCAAAGCCAAAAGGGGGUGGAAGUGAAAAACAAAAAGGAGUGGAACAUGCUGCUUCAACUGCACUAGAGCAAAUUUCAAUUUCCCAAAGCUUUGAUUACACAUAUCCAAUGGUCAAUACUACUCAAGUUGUUCAGAGUAGUCAUUCUAUGAUCCCACAUGCUUUUUAUGGUACUUGGAACAUUAGAAGUCCAUUUCAUAUCAUUGACAUAAGCAACAAUUUAAAUCAGGAAGCACAUCCAUCGGCUUGGAGACCACCAACUACGUUUACAGAAAACCAAUAG